CCAGCCGAGCCACAAGUUCCAAUGAGGAUCAUUGACAAAACGCAGACGUGACCGACAAGCACAUUGCUCCGGCUGUCUGUUAUCGAGUCAUAAAAUAUGCGACGUCAUCCUGCGAUGAUGAAUUAACUCAGCAGCUGCCAUCAUGAGUGUCCACAGAGCGAAAAGACUGUGGAGACGUAAGGAGCAGGCGUGAGCAUCACAUGGCGACGGAUGGCGGCAAACCAUGGGCUCUGAUCUCCGACGCGGGCGAGCGGGGCAUCCUGGAGCAGUCCAUGGACAUAUUGAGGCAGCACUUCCGGAUCGUCCGCCUCCAGGACCUCCUGGCCGACCCGGCGGCGCACGGCCCUAAGAUCCAGGUCCUGUUCAUAUGGCUGCAGCUCCCGAAGGCCACGCCAGAGCUGCUCACCUUGCUCCCGGCGCUCAAGGUGAUCGCCAGCGGGGGGGCGGGAUACGACCACCUGGACCUGCCCUACCUCACCCGCUUAGGGGUGAGGGUGGCCAACACGCCCGGCGUGGUCAGCGAGUGCACGGCGGACAUGGCCAUGGGGCUCCUACUGGCCUCGGCGCGCAACAUCGUUGAAGGUCACCAGAUGAUGAUGGACCCCAAGACCACCGUCUUGCCGCAGUGGCUGGGCAGCGUCGAGGUCUCAGGAUCCACUCUGGGGAUCAUCGGAAUGGGAAAUAUCGGCUCCAAAAUUGCCAAGCGGGCCAAAGGAUUUGAUAUGAAGAUUCUGUAUUACAACAGAAACCGACGGAGUGUGGAGGAGGAGGAGGCGUUGGGGGCCAUCUACUGCGGGAACAAGGCUGACCUCUUGGGCCGCUCCGACUUUGUGACCCUAGCUGUGUGCCUAACACCUGAGACCACUGGCCUCAUCGGCGCCACAGAGCUGGCCCUCAUGAAGCCCACUGCCACGCUGAUCAACAUCAGCAGAGGUCCAGUGGUGGACCAGGACGCCUUGGUUAAGGCUCUGCAAGGCGGGACCAUCCGAGCCGCUGCCUUGGAUGUGACAUAUCCCGAACCUCUACCAAGGGAUCAUCCUCUCCUUGCCGUUCCCAACGUGCUGAUCACCCCUCACUUUGGCACAAGUACCAUCACCACCAUGAGAAAGAUGACGCAGAAGAUGGUCAACAACGCCCUGGCUGCCAUGAAAGGAGAAUCCAUGCCUGAUGAAUUGAAAUGCUGACUAUUAGACCAGUGUUUCACAACCAAGUUCAAACACACUGCUAACAUGACUCCUUUCUAUUGAUAAUCAAUUGUAUUUUUCUUUACAAAUAAAACAAUAAUAGAUAAGGCACAGUAGCUGUAACCAAUGGGAUAA